UUUUUUGUUUUUUUUUGCUUUCCGCAGUGUGAUUUUAGCUUGACGAGGCGGGACUUUUGGUUUGCCUUUACUUGAAUCUAGUGCCAAUUGAAUUUGUAGGUACUGAAUAUUUCGUUGCUUUUAUGAGAACCUUUUUUUUUUUUGUUUUUUUGGCUCUCUGGUUCCCCUUGUCGGUGGUCUUCGAACUGCAGGAUAGGGAUCCCGCGAUUCUGAGAUUGCUGGAUUUUGAGCAGAUAUUUGCUCAAGAAUCGGGAUCUUGUGCGAACUUGGUCAUUUCUAAUGGGAAAACGAGAUUCUGGAACAAACUUUAGUCAACGAACAGGUGAAUCAAAUCAGAUGGCUCCUCCAUCCAAGAAAAGGGUCCACUCAUCUGUUAAGAAGGAAUCUUCCAAGAAAAAGAAAUCAAUUAAGGACAUAGUGCCGACUGAAAAUCAGGGGCAGGAAUCGACAGACCAAGUAUCUAAGAAGCAGGCAUCAACAUCUGCAGAUGCCCCAACUCGAAAACUGUUUGAUCAUCGCUUUGUCAAACAAGAUUCCUUUUUCUCCAGAGCAAGUAAACUUAAGCUUGAAACUGUUAGUAGUAUAGCCCACACUUUUGUAGAGCCAGAUACACUCGACGAAGCAUUUGCUAUCCCUCCAGAAGAUACAUCUAAGUUUCGAAUUAUGAGAAUGGAUUACACUGUUACACCUUUACUAUUUCGUUGUCCAGCUCGGUCUUCAUCUGAGUGGAGAAGUUGGGUUCAAAGCGAAUUGGAAAAUCAGGGGGUAAGAGACCAAUUAGAUCGUGCAGGAAUCUUUUCAGCAUUGGUGUCUUCUACACAAAUUGGAAUAUUCAGAGAUAUCCGCGGCUUAAGACACAUAGUUCGCAGGUGGAAUAAGACUACUCAUACAUUUGUAUGUGCAUGGGGUGAGUUUACUCCCACACUAGAUGACGUCUAUAUGCUUUUAAGGCUGCCAAUUAUGGGGGAUGAAUCGCCAUUUUCAAUAGAACUUUCGGAGGAAGAGGCAAAGGUUGAGUCUCUCCUUGUAGAAGGUAUGUCGCUUUGUAGGCAGGUAAACAAACGACAAUCAUCUCGUCCUAGCUUUGCCUGCUGGAUUCGAUAUUUUUGGGGAACAAGGGAAAAAGAAAAAUUCUACCCUGGUGGUGGAUAUGACAAAGGUUGUCGCUUGGAGGCCUUAAUAUGUUUGUGGUUAAGCAAAUUUGUAUUCCCUGAGCUAUCAGGAGAUGUCAUCCAACGCCGUUUGUUUCGUUUGGCAAUAAAAAUAGCUCAGGCUGUGCGCUUCCCGCUGGCUCCCAUCUUUCUAGGCACUUUUUACAAACAUCUUGAUAUGAUCGUGGAAGAUGAAGUUCUUGCAGCAGGUAGAUAUGUGAUAGAUUCUGAGCUAGCCAUCAACUUUCUACAAGUGUUUUUGUGGGAACGGAUAAGGAAAUACGCAGGGCAACCAGCUUCCAGCAAAUCCGUCGCAUUUGAAUUGGGUAUGAAUUCGGAAUUGCCUUUAUGGAGCAGGUGGUUUCACAUGAAACAAACGCAACCUUCCAUUUGUUUUUUCCUAGAUGACAUUGAUAAUUUCAUAUUUCGGCCCUAUGUUGGGCUGGCCACUGCUUUUGCUUCAAGCCUUUUCCAUAAUGUAAGUUCUUCAGCUUCAGAUAUAGUUGAAGUCCCGAUAUUUGAUUCUGAUAAUGGAACUUGGUCGGACUUGGAAUAUGUUGUCAGCAUUCGGCCUGGUCUUUUACCAGCAUGGGUUGGUAAUGAUGUGUUUGGUGUCAACUACUGGCCCCACAGAGUACUAAGGCAAUUUGGAAUAGAUCAGGGGGUCCCCAGGUCAUAUUCAUUCACGGAGGGUGAUCUUCAUGAUUCCCCAUCAUUUGGUCUGCCUCGAUUCAUUUGUUCUUCGUUGAAGAGCCUUCCUUCAUUAAAGUCUUUGAAGAUUCAAAUGGCUGGCAGUGAGCGUGAAGGACUGUACACUCCGAAAUUUGUGGCAUAUUGGAAGAAAAUGAUUAAUGAUUUCACCCAAUUCAUUAAGAGUCCACCCUUGAUUUGCAGGGCCCUUCCCCCAAACUCGGUGCCUAAAAGAUUGAAGUUGGAUACUAGAGAGGUACUUUCAUUCUGCUCCAAAAUCGGCAUGCCUUUUACAAUAAUUGACGGGACACAACGAGAGAUCAUUGCAACUUCAAAGCAUGGGAAGGAGGCAGUCGACCAGGAAGAGAAUCCUUCUUCUGUUGAGCCAUUGUUUGAAAACUCUCCAAUAGAAGAAGACAAUGACCCUUUUCCGGAUCAACAAACUCUUAGCAAUAUCCCAGUUAAGAAAAGAACCCUUCUCAAGCCAACCACCAAAACUCCUAAGCGUAGGAGUACUAGAAUUAAAGAUAAGAGACUACCGACUAAAAUUGCAGUGACUGACGAAGAAGUUGUCAUAAAUGAUGAGAACAUUCCUGAGGGAUCCAAAACUGAAGUGAGGGACAAUGCUUUAGGCGAGUCAGAAGAUGAUGUUUCAGACAAGCCGCAGUCUGAGGAGGAAGACGAUAAGCUAAGAUUUGAAGAUGAUGACAAUGAGUUAGAAUCUGAACAGAGAACAAGUGGGUCCAGAGAUCAAAAGGGCAGCCCUCGUACUUCCCAAGAUGAUGGGAGAAGUGGUCUUGAAAAUGAAAGUAAAUCUACAAAGGACAACCAACAGGACACAAAUAACAAGCUUCCAAUUAGUAAUGUCGCUCCUGAGCUAGUGAUGGUCCCUCGAGUCGAUGAAAGUCAAGUUUUGCCAUUCAAAACUCCCUCGCCUAUAGCUAAAAGACCGAGGGAACUUCUUUCUGGUGAUGAUGAAGAUAUCAAGAACGCCAAACGUCUUGAUAGUGAGGUUGCGCUUGCACUUUUAGGUGACAGCAAUGAAGUUGCUUCAGAAACUGCCAAGGCAACUACUCUGGAGUCCGCCCCAGCGGAGAUUUGCUGGCACAGUAAGCUGAACCAAUUUUUGGGAGCCUUUUAUGGAAAUGCGGUGGCACCUCAUUCGGUAGAAGAGUUCGUCAAACUCAGCGGGCAGACAAAGAUCCUCAAUGGCAUUGCCAUUCCGGAGGAAUCAUUCCAAUGCAUGAAUGAAGCUAUACAGAAGCACGGAGACUUUGCCACGGAUUGCUGGGCCUCAAAACCCGUUAGGGACAUCAUGUUCUCUCGUCUAAGCUUGGUGUUCUUCAGCCUCAUGCGAGUUCCUCUUAGCGAGUUGUCAGAGGACAUGCUGUUGGCCAUGAGGGAUGUGGUAAGGGAGGCGAUAGCAGUCGGUUUUGGGGUCGAGUUUUUACUCGACCACUUGAGGAAACUCGCCUCCGCAUUGUUUGGGAGACAGAUUUACUUUGACAAGCUUACUGCCAUUGAUUCUCAGAUAGAGAAUGCAGAGAAAGAGUUGGACGAAGCAAAAGCCAAGCUAGAGGAGUUGAGGCAGUCACGUUCAAAGGUUGUGUCGCGGGCUAGUGUUUCCACUGGCACUGAGGCAGAUUGUAUUCACCAAGCUUUAGUUUUCUGUUCUAGUCUUGUAUAUGAUCUUUGA